AUGGCCACUACUACUGCCACCUCCCCGCCUGCUCUCCUCUUCCUCCUCCUGCUGCUCAUUGGCGGCGCGCCACCAGCGACGAAGGCCGACAUGCCGAUGACGGUGAACGAGGAGCAUGCCGCGGGGCCUCGACCGCCUGCCGGCGCUCCAGGACCUCUCCCUCGCCCGCAACAACCUCUCCGGCGCGCUCCCGCAGGGGCUCUCCCUCCUCGCCUCCCUCCGCUCGCUCGACUCUCCUACAACGCCUUCUCCGGCGCGCUCCCCGACGACGUCGCGCGCCUCGCCUCCCUCCGCUACCUCGACCUCACCGGCAACGCCUUCUCCGGCCCGCUCCCGCCGGCCUUCCCGCCCACGCUCCGGUUCCUGGUCCUAUCCGGCAACCAGUUCUCCGGCCCCGUGCUGGAGGGGCUGGCGGCCAAGAGCCCGCUCCUGCUCCACCUCAACGUGUCCGGCAACCAUCUCUCCGGCUCGCCCGACUUCGCCGGCGCGCUCUGGCCGCUUGAGCGCUUGCGCACGCUCGACCUGUCACACAACCAGUUCUCGGGCCCCGUCACCGAUGGCAUUGCCAGGCUCCACAACCUCAAGACCCUCAGCCUUAGCGGCAACCGGUUCGGCGCCAUCCCGGCGGACAUCGGCCUGUGCCCGCACCUCAGCACCAUUGAUCUUCGGCACCGUCCCGACGUCCCCGCUUGGCUCGGCAAGCUGGCCGCGGUGCAGCACCUGGACUUAUCCGACAACGCGCUCACCGGAAGCUUGCCGGACUCGCUCGGCGACCUCAAGGCGCUCAAGUACCUGAGACUGUCCAGGAACCAGCUCUCCGGGAUCGUCCCGGCCUCCAUGUCCGGGUGCACCAAGCUCGCCGAGCUGCACCUGAGGGGAAACAGCCUCAGCGGCAGCAUCCCGGACGCUCUGUUCGACGUCGGGCUCGAGACGCUCGACGUGUCGUCCAACGCGCUCUCGGGCGUCCUGCCGUCCGGCUCGACAAGGCUGGCGGAGACGCUGCAGUGGCUUGACCUCUCCGGCAACAAGCUCACCGGUGGCAUCCCCACGGAGAUGUCGCUCUUCUUCAAGCUCCGAUACCUCAACCUGUCCCGCAACGACCUCCGCGCGCCGCUGCCGCCGGAGCUCGGCCUGCUCCGCAACCUGACGGUGCUCGACCUGCGUAGCACGGGGCUGAGCUUGGGGCGCAACGGCUUGACGGGGCCGAUCCCGGCGGGCAUCUCGGAGCUGAAGAAGCUGGAGAUCCUACGGCUGGAGUACAACAACCUGAGCGGCGAGAUCCCGGCGCAGCUGGGCAGGCUGGAGAACCUGCUGGCCGUGAACAUCUCGCACAACCGCCUGGUGGGGCGGCUGCCGGCGUCGGGCGUGUUCCAGAGCCUGGACGCGAGCGCGCUGGAGGGCAACCUGGGCAUCUGCAGCCCGCUGGUGGCGGAGCCGUGCAGGAUGAACGUGCCCAAGCCGCUGGUGCUGGACCCCAACGAGUACCCGCACGGCGGGGCCGGCGGCGGCGACAACAACCUGGAGACGAACGGCGGCGGCGUGGGGGCGCCGAGGAAGCGGCGGUUCCUGAGCGUGUCCGCCAUGGUGGCCAUCUGCGCGGCGGUCGCGAUCGUCCUCGGCGUCAUCGUGAUCACGCUGCUGAACGUGUCGGCCCGGCGGCGGGCCGAGGCGGCGGGUGGUGGUGGCCUUGGCCACGACCAGAAGAAGGAGGUGGACGAGAGCAUCGUCACCGCCAGCACGACGACCAAGUCGUCGUCGUCGCCGCCGCCCGGGGAAAGGGCAAGCAGGCAAGCUCGCCGCCGGCAAGAUGGUGACGUUCGGUCCGGGAGCAGCCUCCGGUCGGAGGACCUGGUGGCCGGCGCCGACGCGCUGCUGAGCAAGGCGACGGAGAUCGGGCGUGGCGCGUUCGGCACGGUGUACCGCGCUCCCGUGGGCGACGGCCGCGUGGUGGCGGUGAAGAGGCUGGUGGCGGCGAACACGGUGCGGUCGCGGGAGGAGUUCGAGCGGGAGGUGCGCGUGCUGGGGAAGGCGCGGCACCCGAACCUGCUGCCGCUCAAGGGCUACUACUGGACGCCGCAGCUGCAGCUGCUGAUCACGGACUACGCGGCGCACGGCAGCCUGGAGGCGCGGCUUCACGGCCGUGAGGAGUUGCCGCCGAUGACGUGGGAGGAGCGGUUCCGGGUGGUUUUCGGGACGGCCCGGGCGCUGGCGCACCUGCACCAGGCGUUCCGGCCGCCGCUGGUCCACUACAACGUGAAGCCGAGCAACAUCUUCCUGCUGGACGAUGAGUGCAACCCGGCGGUGGGCGACUUCGGGCUGGCGCGGCUGCUGCCGGGGAAGCUGGCGGACGGCGUCGGUAGCCGGUUCCAUGUGGGCGGCGGGAUGGGGUACGUGGCGCCGGAGCUGGCGUGCCAGAGCCUGCGUGUGAACGAGAAGUGCGACAUCUACGGGCUGGGCGUGCUGAUCCUGGAGCUGGUGACGGGGCGGCGCGCCGUGGAGUACGGCGACGACGACGUGGUGGUGCUAAUGGACCAGGUGCGCGUCCUGCUGGAGCACGGCAACGCGCUGGAGUGCGUGGACCCGGGCAUGGGCGGGCACGUCCCCGAGGAGGAGGUGCUGCCGGUGCUGAAGCUGGGCAUGGUGUGCACGUCGCAGAUCCCGUCCAACCGGCCCUCCAUGGCGGAGGUGGUCCAGAUCCUGCAGGUCAUCAAGGCGCCCGUGGGCGGCGGGGGCAGAAUGGAAGCCUCCUCCUUCUGA